AUCCGCCUAUUCCAAAGUUUCCGAAAUUACAAUACGUUACGGUUGACAUCUCCACCUUCCGAGCAAUUUCUCAGGGUUUGUCUAUAUCGACAUAUAUAUAUAUAUAUAUAGAUAUACAAAUUGUCAAAUUGUAAGUCCAUAGAUUCAUCUCUGAUCAUCAUCACUGCUUUGCUUUCUGGAGAAAUGAGUGAGGUCUACGAAGGGUACGAGCGGCAGUACUGCGAGCUUUCUGCCAAUUUAUCCAGAAAGUGCAGUUCAGCUGGGCUUCUUCCUGAUGGAGAGGACAAGAAGCAAAAGCUUUCUGAAAUAAAAGUGGGACUGGAUGAUGCCGAUGUUUUGAUACGAAAAAUGGACCUUGAGGCAAGAAGUUUGCAGCCAAGUUUAAAGGCCAUGCUGCUUGCCAAGUUAAGGGAAUACAAAUCUGAUCUGAAUAAGUUGAAAAGGGAAGUUAAAAAGAUUGGAUCAGCUAACGUGAAUCAGGCUGCCCACGAAGAGUUGUUGGAGUCUGGAAUGGCAAAUGCCCAUGCGGCUUCUGCAGAUCAAAGAGGAAGAUUGACAAUGCACACUGAGAGGCUAAACCAGUCAAGUGAAAGAAUCAACGAGAGUAGAAGAGCUGCACUAGAGACGGAAGAUCUUGGAGUCUCAAUCCUUCAGGAUUUGCAUCAACAACGUGAAACUCUCCUGCAUUCCCAUAAAAAGCUUCAUGGGAUAGAUGAUGCCAUUGACAAGAGUAAAAAGGUCUUAACAUCCAUGUCCCGCAGGUUUAGCAGGAACAAAUGGAUCAUAGGCUCCGUUAUAGCAGCUCUUGUCGUCGCAAUCCUCUUUAUCCUCUAUUUUAAGCUUAGAUAAUUCAUGUCAUCAUUAAGUGCCAUGUGUCACGGAAUGUCCUUGCCAUGCAGACUAUCCAAUUCAUGUCGGGGCGUGCCGCGACACACGGCUCCAUUAGUGACUCUCUCUCUCUCUCUCUCUCUCUCGUUUGCAUUUGUUAAUGUUCUUGUAUCGAAUUACAGACUUGGCAUGUAUGUAUAUUACUAUUUCAGUUGUACA